AUGGGCAAAAGACCUGGAAGAGCCGCGGCCAAAAAUGCUGCUGCCGCAUUGAGUGCGUUCCCUUGCUACAGAUCCUCCGGCGCAUUCAUGAUCGUGCCAGUCAGUCAGUUACUAACCGACUAUGCGCCUCUAGAAAAUACCCCUCAAUACGACGAUGGCGAGGACGAUCAGAUGCGGGAUGCUUUUGAGUCGGAUGAUGACAAUGCGCCAGACCCGGAAGACGACAAUGCCGAAGAAGCAGAGGGCUCCCCAGCGGCGGAGUCGGACCCAGAGGAGGACCGACCAUCAACGCCAGUCCCAGAGCCCGUCGUCCGCAAGAAGAGAUUAGGGAGACCACCCAAGAACAGACCUGCCGAUUGGGACUCUGCAGGCGCCGAUAGCCCCCGUGAAGAUACCCCGAGAAGAGGGCGGGGACGGGGUGGGUACCGUGGUGGUGGUCGCUGGGCAAAGAACAGAGGCGGACCUUCGCACGUCACCCAACAGCCGAUUGACAAGGAGGGGAACAUGAUGGAUGUGGUUGAUGACGAGGUCAUGUUACCGGAGGAUGCAGAGGGCGAGGCGAAAGUCGAUAAGAUGGGCAACCUGCAAGGCGGACGGGAAUAUAGAUGCAGAACGUUCACCAUCCUCGGCAGAGGCCAACGUCUCUACAUGCUGUCUACCGAGCCGGCAAGAUGUGUGGGUUUCCGAGACAGUUAUCUCUUCUUCACCAAGCAUAAGCGACUCUACAAGAUCAUCAUCAAUGAGGAUGAGAAGCGCGAUCUGAUCGACCGCGAGCUCAUUCCUCAUUCGUACAAGGGUCGCGCGAUUGGAAUUGUCACUGCCCGGUCCGUCUUCCGCGAGUUCGGUGCGCAGAUCGUCGUCGGCGGUAAACGCAUUACCGACGAUUACGAAGUUACAAAGCGCAAGGCCGAGGGAGCGAUCGAGGGUGAGCUGGCUGAUCCAACCGAUCUUAUUAAGACGGGCGAGGAGUACAACAAGAACCAAUACGUGGCAUGGCAUGGUGCAAGUUCGGUGUACCAUUCCGGUGUCCCGACUGUUCCUCAACAAGCAGGCAAGCCACCGGGGGGUGUCAAGCGGAAAGUCAUGAUCAACGACAUGAAUUGGAUGCUGGAGCAUGCCCUGGCAGCAAGCCAAUUCAACGCUUCUCUGGGUGUAAACCGUCGACAAAUACUCAAAGGCAGUUAUGACGUACAUACAAAUGUCAAGCACUAUCCCAAGAUCAUGCAGCCGACUCACGCCAGAUGGGAGCAGAUCGACGAUCACGAGGAAACAGCCACCGCACCGCUCACAAACGGCGAUAGCGAGAAUCGCGCAGAAACGGAUUUCUUCACUCCCGUGAAGCCCAUCUACUCCAAGAACUUCAUGAUCGUCGACACCGUCUACGAAACUCCAGCAUCUAAUUUCGGCGUUCCAGGUCCAGACGGUGAUUUUCAUGACCUUGGCUUCAACGGCUUAUCGUCUAUUUCGGACGACGUUAAGGCUGAGCUCCCUGACGAUUGUCGUAUGGCUCUCGAGGAGGCGCUGGCAAAGGAAUUAGAGUGGAAGAGCAGGUGGGGAUCAGAGACUGCAGAUGGGCACAGAAAAGCUCCUAUUAUCGACAAGGGGGUUGUGUAG